AAUGCCCCAAAUCCUCCCAAACGAUUACCUACCUCCUUCGAGGCCAUGGGCAUAUCCUCUGCCCUGGUCGGCGCCCUGUCAAAGCUGUCCAUCAAUGCGCCCACCGAGAUUCAGGCAGCGUGCAUACCCCCGCUCCUGCAAGGUAGAGAUUGCAUAGGAAACGCGAAGACUGGCUCCGGAAAGACUAUCGCGUUCGCGCUACCUAUACUGCAGAAACUCUCCCUAGACCCGUACGGCAUCUUUGCGCUCGUGCUGACACCAACAAGGGAGCUUGCUUUCCAGAUAGCCGAGCAAUUCGCCGUGCUCGGUGCACCGUUGAGCUUGCGAACAGCGGUCGUCGUGGGCGGUAUCGACAUGAUGGCUCAAGCUCUUGAAUUGGGGAACCGUCCGCAUGUCGUUGUUGCGACGCCAGGACGCAUAGUUGACCUCCUCAGGAGUACGUCUGGAGAGUGGGAUUUGUCCAGGAUCAAGUUUCUGGUCUUGGACGAAGCGGAUAGGCUACUCACAUCUUCUUUCGCACCGGAGCUAUCAUACCUGUUCAAUAUUCUGCCCAAGGAACGGCAAACCAGCUUGUUCACCGCGACGCUGACGGACGCGGUCGAACGGAUAGCGGAUGCAUCUCCGAAGCCCGGAAAGCAGAAGCCCUUCGUCCAUAGGAUGACUGCUAGAGUGGAAACGGUCGAAACGCUCAAGCAGUACUAUAUCCUCGUCCCGUCCCACAUCCGCGAAGCCUACCUCUACCACUUCCUCUGCAACCCGCCCGAGUCCACCCACCACCUCCGGCGCGCCCCACCCGAAAAGGUCAAGCCGACCAAGAAAGGCAGCAAAGCCAAAGCGCGCCCCUCCAAGAAGAAGGCUUCCGAGGACCCCGACGCGAUCGAGCAGCCGCCGCCCACGAUCAUCUUCUGCAUGCGCCCGCGCACGGCCGCAUACCUCACGCACCUCCUGCAGACGCUGCACAUCCGCGCGACCGCGCUGCACUCGCGCCUCACGCAGCGCGAGCGCCUCUCCUCGCUCGCGCUCUUCCGCGCGUCCGUCGUGCCCGUGCUCGUGUCCACGGACGUCGGCGCGCGCGGGCUCGACAUCGAGGACGUCGCGCUCGUCGUCAACUGGGACCUCCCCGCCGAGUCCGAGGAGUACACGCACCGCGUCGGGCGCACGGCGCGCGCGGGCAAGGGCGGCCUCGCCGUGAGCUUCGUCACCGAGCGCGACGAGGAGCGCGUGCUCAAGGUCGAGGAGCGGAUCGGCACCAAGCUGGCGGAACUGGACCUCCCGGAGGGGAAGGUGCUCGAGCAGCUGAACACGGUCGCGACCGCGAAGCGCCUCGCGAAUAUGGAACUGCACGACUCCGACUUCGGGAAGCGCGAGGAGAUCCACAAGAUCAAGCGUGCGAAGCGCGCCGCGGACGUCCAGGGGGCCGACGGGGACGUCACGCUUCCGUAACUUCGCCGCUGCAGAGCUUACAGCUCGCCGCUCGGCUGCCCCGAGGAACCGUAGGUCCUCGGGCGCUGUACGUAGACACGUUUGUGGUGUACGCAGUGCUCAGCAGACGUAUGAUGAUGAUGCGCAUGGCAGCACAGUGGUGCAAGCACCCCAAA